GUCCGGUCACUCACUUCAAUUCACUACCCAACCAUCUUUCAAUCUCCGUCGCCGGGCGACUUCUAUCACUUAGUACAUUUAUUGAAUCAUCUAAUCAUUCAUCAAACCCCAAUCCUUCACUACUACCCAUAUCACUUAAUCGAAAGAUAUCAACAAAACUAAACCGACAACAUGCUUCCUCAACACGUCCUCAUUGCGCUCGUCGCCACUGUCGCUGCCGUCCCGCUUAACAUCAACUUGGGAGCCUACUCGCCUGCCCUGGUAGUCGGUGAUGGAGAGAUCUCACUCGGAUCAACAGAAUCAGCAUCACAGUUGAUGGCUACGCUCGCAUCGGGAGCAGCAGCCAACGCCGGUGGAGAGGGCGCAGCAGCACAAGGAAAACGCUCUAUCCUUCGCCGCGCCAUCAGCGACAUCCUCGGCAAGCGCAACCCCGCCCCUGUUGAGCCUAAGAUGGCCGCUGUCGAGGAGGCUAUGCAGUGGAUCAAGCGCGACCUCGCUGGCUUCAAUGCUGCGCUCGGUUACGCAAAGGAGGCCCAGAAGGAUAUGCCCAAGGUUGAGAUGGGCACCGAGAACGCCGGUGUUGGUCUGCUCGUCAACCCUGGUGUCAACGUUCCCAAGGACUCGGCCGCCGCUGGCACCCCACCUGCUGAGAAGAAGACCAAGCGCGACGAGGUUGUCGAGGAGGAGGAUGCGCCCAAGAUGACUCUUGUCGCCAUCACCGAAGUUUGAGCAAGAUACCCGACUUUGCAGACAUUUCAGCUAGCCCAGGACGAGGCCUUUCACGCGCCAUGGGGAUGAGGCUAUAAUCAGCAAUCUUGUCAGUUCUGUUCAGCACGAUUUAUUUUUCUUUCAGCGAACAUCGGCAGGAUCCCGCGUACUGUGCGGACCGGAAGAUGAGGAGUUCUUGGGUACACACAACGGUAUUGAUGUAUGGAUGGACGAAUGAGUCAACCGAAGAUGAUACAAAAGUCGCAAGAUUUCAAUAAAUUACUAUUUGAUCAGUAACCGUUUCCUCUCAAAUA